AGCUCCAGUCAGUGUCGGAUAGACCCCGGAUCUAGUCACGGCCUAGGACUAACUCUAUUGUGAUAAACGGUUCGAGCGGUUCUGAAAGAAAGAGUGCUAAAGAUGGGCAGACUAUCGUCAGUGAUUCUUCUGGCAGCAGCUUUCGCAGGAAGCCAGUCGGCACCGGCCACCACCAUUAUCCAUCACCAACCGGCCCAGUACUACCUGGUGCAGCCGCAACCCUCCACCCUCAAGAUUCAACCGCAUCUCAUCCAACCGAUUCAACAUCUGAAGCUGGAACCCAAGCAGCAGCAGCUGGUCUACUACUACCCAUCGAUCCCGCUGAGCAGCCACAUUACCUAUGACAAACCGAUCCGGCUGGUAUCGCUCAAGCAGGAGGAGCAACCGUGGUGGCAGGGUUUCGUAAACUUCUUCCAACCAACCGAAAAACCAGCCGAAUCGGCCGAAUCUGCUACGGAGGCUCCCGAAGCACCCGCCGCUCCGGCCGCUCCGGUCGCUCCCGCCGCUCCAGCCGCUCCAGCCGAAGCUGAUUUCUUGGACGCUGCGAUGAUGAAGAAUCAGAUCUUCAUGGCUCCAGCCGAUGCCGAACAGCUGCCAUCCAAGGCCGAAGUCCAAUCCAACCCGCAAGGCCAACGCUACUACAUCCUGUCCGGAGCUCCUCAAUUCUACGGAAACUUUGACGCCCUGCAGAACCCAUUGAACCCAAUCUUCAGCCUUCAGCCACUGCAGACCAUCCACGCUCGAUCCAACUCGGACUCGAUCCAAGCCGAAGACGGCCAAAUCAAGUUCCAACCGCAGAUCGUAUCCUCGAUCGCCCCGAUUGCCCCCGUUCCAGCUCUAGUUCCAGCGCAACUGAAGAACGACCUGCUGGAUUCGCAUCCGGACAAGGUGCCAGCCAUCGAUCGUACCUGGGCUCGCUCGUUGGAUGACGAACCAGCACCGGAACCGGAGGUCGCUCAGGGCCGUUCGCAAUCGGAUGAACCUAGCGAGCAAAACCUGCCACAGGUCACCGACGACGAGAACCAGAAGGAGGAAAUGGGUUCGCUUCGCCAGUCAGAUGAACCGUCGGUUGCGGCCGUCAAACCAAUCGCAAUUGCCCUCGCCGGACGAGGAGGAGUGGCCGCAUCGGCCCCAACUGGAACUGCCAUCGCCGGCAAGAAUGGAUUGGCUCUCGCCUCGCCGACUGCAACUUCCGUUGCCGGAAACUUCUUCGAAGAUGAAGAUGAUGAUAAGAAGAACUGAAAUCUGAACUCUUGGAAAACCGACCUGGAACUAGAUCAAUUUUAGUGGCGUAGUCGUAGUAUUUAGAUGUAGCAAUGUGAGCAAUGACACAAUCUCAACAAUGGUGCUGGUAGGAAAAGCUUAAGGGCGGUCGGAUUCCCCGAUUUUUGCGAGGGAAUCCUGGAUCGCCUGGUUGGAGGGAACAAGGAUAUUUUCGUAUACGUAAACGUAGCUCUUGGUUCCUUUUCGC